AUGGCGGCUGAAUUCCGGAUGACCAGACCUGACGGAAGGCGGAGUGAAUGCAGGACGCGGGACACAGGCAAAGCAGACAGGGCGGCGCAGCACGGCUGGAGCCGGAAGGACGUGAGCCGGAAGCUGCAGCCGGAAAGAACGUUUGCACGCAAAACACCAAGCCUCCAGGAGAAGGUCGCCGGGCAGCCAGAAAGAGGUCUGAUUCUGCAUUGUCUGUCUUUAUUACAGCCAUUAGACUUUGAAACGAAGAAGGCGUACACUUUCAAAGUCGAAGCUUCCAAUGUCCACCUCGACCACCGCUUUCAUUCCGUGGGCCCAUUCAAGGACACCGCCACCGUGAAGAUUAAUGUGCUGGAUGUAGACGAACCUCCAGUUUUUAGCAAGCCUUUUUACACCAUGGAGGUUGAUGAAGAUACUCCAGUUGGGACUAUUAUAGGAGCUGUAACAGCCCAAGACCUUGAUGUCGCCAACAGUGCUGUCAGGUACUUCAUAGACUGGAAGAGUGAUGUGGACAACUUCUUUACAAUAGACGGAACAGAAGGUACCAUUGCCACAAAUGAAUUGCUGGACCGGGAGAACACCGCACAGUACAAUUUUUCAAUUGUCGCAAGCAAAAUUAGCAAUCCACUAUUAACCAGCAAGGUCAAUGUCAUCAUAAAUGUCCUAGAUGUCAAUGAAUUCCCUCCUGAAAUUGCAGUGCCCUUCGAGAGCUAUGUGUGUGAAAAUGCAAAGCCAGGACAGGUGAUUCAGAUUGUCGGUGCUGCGGAUAAGGAUUUGUCGCCUGCUGGGCAAAGAUUCUCCUUUCGACUGUCACCGGAAAUUACUGCGAAGCCAAACUUCACAGUCCAUGAUUACAGAAAUAACUCCGCUGGCAUUGUGGCCAGGAGAAGUGGCUACAGCCGGAGGCAGCAAGAGUUGUAUUUCCUCCCGGUUGUGAUAGAAGACAGCAGUUACCCCAUUCAGAGCAGCACCAACACGAUGACGAUCCGAGUCUGCAGAUGUGAUUCUGAUGGUACCAUCCUCUCUUGCAACGUGGAGGCCAUCUUCCUGCCGGUCGGACUCAGCACAGGAGCCCUGAUUGCAAUCUUGUUGUGUAUUGUUAUACUUCUGGUCAUCGUCGUCCUGUAUGUGGCGCUGAGACGGCAGAAGAAGAAAGACACCCUCAUGACCUCUAAGGAAGACAUCCGGGACAACGUCAUCCAUUAUGACGAUGAAGGAGGUGGUGAGGAGGACACUCAAGCUUUUGACAUCGGGGCCCUGAGGAAUCCGAAAGCGGUUGAGGAUAACAAAAUACGCAGGGACAUAAAGCCAGAGGCUCUCCGCUUGCCUCGUUCGAAACCACCUGCAGAGGACAACACAAACAUCAGAGAUUUCAUAAAUCAACGGCUGCGAGAAAACGACGGGGACCCCUCCGCACCCCCUUAUGACUCUCUAGCGACAUAUGCUUACGAAGGGAAUGGAUCAGUGGCUGAGUCCCUCAGCUCCAUCGAUUCUCUUGCGACAGAAGCAGACCAGGAUUAUGACUAUCUGAGUGACUGGGGGCCACGCUUUAAAGUCCUAGCAGACAUGUUUGGAGAAGAAGAAAGUUAUAACCCCGAUAAAGUCACUUAG